AUGUCGCCUCAGUUUCCUGGUGCUCCUGUUGAGGCUAUGGCUCAUCAUACCGAGAUGCAGAGCACUAUGCUCUCUCUGUCAGUCUCUCCUACGUCUAUGGAAGGACUUGCGCCGGUUUCUCAUCAGCACGCCGAAACUGCCCUGCAGGGUGAGCAGGAGCAAGGAUCCCACUUUGACAAUGCUUUCUUCGAUCCAGAUGACACAUCAUUUGACAAGCUGCCCACUCAUGUUCCUGAAGACUUUGACUGGGAGACAUUCGAUAAAACAUACAGAGAUUUGCGUGAGCACGGAGCAAAUGUCUUGUUCGAACGCCACAACCUCAUCCCUACUCACAAUGCCCGUGGCUAUGGAAACAUCCAACGUCUAGCUGAUGACCAUGGCGACGAGAGCCAGUACGCUGGAAUCUUCGAAAGGGCAGUUGAGACUCGCAGCAAGGGUCAACUCGAUGCUGAUAUCUGGGGAAAUAUCAUCCAGUCUCCCAUUCCUCCUAGUAUCAAUUCUGUUCUUGAGGAAUCCCCUAUCAAGCAUCACAACAACAUACCCAGAGCCCAUCACAUUGGACGAGGAACUGCGCAUCAUGACGUUGGCAGCUCCAAUGCUCAAGACCACGAACAGACGGACGACAUUUCCAGUUAUGGCAAUCCCUCUGCUCAGCACCACGAUGUCUUAGUCGAGUCCAUCGGUGUUGGCAGUUCCAAGGUCGAAACCCACAAGGAUACAGACUAUGCUUGCACUGGUGGCACAUCUGAUGCUCAUCACGACGUGGAGAUGAUGGAGAGACACACAUCCGAAGGCCUCGAUGCUGGCACUCCCGUCGCUCAAGCCUACGUUCAAGCUGUCGAAGAACCUGCAAAGAAAACCACUCCUCCCCUUGCCAAACAAUCGGAUGGUGGCAGAAGAAGAAAUGGCAAUCAAGGCCAAAACUGUGCUAGGAGCGAGCCAAUUCAUUCGGACUUAUCCGCAGAGAAAGACGAAACGUCCGAAGCACAGUCCUCGUCCCAAAAGAAUUCGGGUGACAGCACUCCUCCCGAGGCAAAUCUUGAGGAACUUAUUGACCCUGCUCUCACCGCAUCGAUUCAGAACAUUGUUCCCAAUUCGGAUUUUGCCAACAUGACCACUCAUCCGGCUCACAAUGCCGAAGAGGCAUACGGAACCCCUGCUGACAGCCAGGAGACACAGCUGGCGUAUCCCUCCGGCAGCCAAGGUGUUACUAAUUCAUCCAUGCAAGAUGAGUCCCAACAACGAUCAAAUGGUUUGGCUGUUCUCGAUCAUCCUACGAAGAACCAGGCACACCGGCCCCCAACCGUGCAACAUUCGCAACAUCGAUCUUUGAGCUCCGCUGCGGCUCGCAAUCAGGUUGACCAAGGCCAGGAACCUCCUGCGCGGGAUAUUGCAAACGAGCAGCAGCAAAUUCAACCCCAACCAGUUAAUUCUGCGAGACCUGCCCAGGGCCAGGCACCUCAAAGCCCACAUGCAUCCAUGGUCUCCGCGGCCCCUUCCAAUGGUCAUCAUAGCAGCGAGGCACACCAGGCCUUAUCGGAGCAAGCCUCGUCUGAUUCAGCUGCUGACAGACGUAAGAAACCGACAGUCGUCGACAAACUAUUUCCGCAAAUCGCUACAAUACCCGGAUUACCAACCUCUCAUGCUCUCAUGAACCCCGAGUGGAGCAGCCCAGAACUACAGACCACCGAAAUACAAACCAGAUUCGCGUCCUUGGAAGAGGCGAUGACUGCGAUCCCCUCUCCCAAAGGACCUGGCCGCGACCCGGAUUUGGUUGUCUCGCAGGCCCAAAAGGUCGCGAUUGUGAACUCUUUUCUGCGGGCAAUGAUGAACCUCAAGGACGUCGAUGACAAGGAAAAAACCAUACUUGUGUGGAAGAACAUUAUACGAAGAAAACCUGUGGAAAUCGAGGUCGCUUGUUGGAACAUUCUCGAGACGAUGAUUGAAUAUCAUCGCACAAUGCCGCUACCCCCUCCAAAAGAGAAGAAGGGGGAAAAUAAAGGACCCAAGGAGAAUGAGGAGGACGAGGAGGACGAAGAGGAAAAAAAGAGGACGAAAGAUCCCGCCAGAACCGGGGCGUUACUUUCCUUCCCGGACAGGGCUGCGGCCAUUGUCCGGAUCUUUCAUGUCAACAAGUCCACCUGCAAGCGGAUGUUAGACUACGGUGCCAAAUACAUCCGCGAAUUUGUGGACACCCCGCUGGAGUGUCUGGUCCGCUGCCGCGCAAACGUUAUUGUCAACGAAACCAAAGGAGGGCAUAUCAAGACCGGAAGGGCCGUCACGGCGGAGAAAGAGGCGGCGAAGGCAAAGGCGGAGGGGAAGGGAAAGGCGAAGGGAAAGGCAAAAGGAAAGGCGAAAGGAAAGGCGAAGGGAAAGGCUGAGGCGGAGGCUGAGGCAGAACCGCCAGUCGGCGGAGAUUCUGCUGAUGAAGCCCAUGAAGUCGAGGACGCCGAGAAGGCCGGAUUUGGCUUUCAGAAAACUGCCACUGUCCAGCAUCAAGACACUUCAGGCCAGCGUGGUCCAUCGUAUGCCUCGUCGGCACGCGGACAGUCAAGCUACUCGCAGGGUUAUUCCAUGCAAGGCCAGAACAGUACCGGACACAACCAAGGCAUGACCUAUCCAGGACAGCGCCAUGGCGUGUCCCAUACCGGAUACAACAACAUUAUUUCCGGCGUGUCCAAUACCGGCCAAAUCCAACGCACAAUCAAUACCGGACAAUUCCAUCCUACAAACACCAGUGGACUUCAUCCAAGCAUGAGCAACAUAGUGAACAUGUUCCCCGUGGAUCAGGCGCUGACCGCCCCUUGUCAUCCCUAUGGAUCACACUCCGGAUAUGACCAGCUCACCAUAUCUCCUGAAUUCAAUGCAACCGCUGCUCCGAAUUCUCGCACUCAGAAUUCUCACACGUCAUCGAUGGAUCCUUAUCUGUGGGCAGCAAGCAUGGGUACGGGUAUGGAGAUGCCGCCACCGCCUCAACACCCCCUUCAACUGCCAACUUAUCGUCAGCCGACUUCGACUUCCAGUUCAAUGGCCGGCCUGAAUCCUGUCGUUUCGAGAACUAUGGGAUCGAACCAUCUGCCGCCAAACAACCAAACGCGCGGCCGCAAGCGAGGAUCAACCGAAACUGGCGCUGAUGAAGACUGCCCUCCUACCAAGAGACGUCGUUAG